AUGGCAGAUUACCACAUCCGGCUCUACAAGGACUCCGACUAUGAGACUGUGAGGGACAUCUUUGCUCUGGGCUUUUCAGAACACUACCCUGUGUCCUUCUGUCAUGCGCUCAGCCUUCCCCGAGUUCGGAUCCUCAUUCUUGUGGUGUUCCUCCUUGCUCUGAUGACCACAGGCUCUUCUGUAGUCUCAUUUAUAGCAGCGAUUGCUGUCAUCUUUGCCUUGUUACUCCUGAACCGAGAGAUAUACUUUUCCUACAUCAGGAAAUGCCUAGCUGAUGACAUGUUGGAUAUCAGGAAAACCUAUCUUCAGCGGGAUGGUUGCUGCUUUUGGGUGGCAGAAUCAGGAAAAGAAAUUGUGGGCACGGUGGCAGCUGCCCCAUUUCCCCAUCCUGGUGGACAGAACCAAGUGGAGCUGAAAAGGCUGUCCGUUCCCAAGAAACACAGGGGCAAAGGCAUCGGCAAGGCUUUGGUUAGCACCGUCAUUGACUUUGCCCAGAAGUUCCGGAUAUCAGGACAUAGUCUUAGUAACUACAAUGUCCCAGAAGGAUUCUGUCCGUCUGUACCAAAGGCUGGGCUUCAGGAUAACGCACCCCUUUCAUCCAAAUGUCUAUUUCGCCAAAUUUAUAGACUUUAA